AAACAGUGCGAAGAAGAGCGCUGUAGUUGCUGGUGCUGAUGGGAAAGCAGUCGAGGGACUUCACCACGGCAUUGUAACGUUAUCCCCAAGUGCCUGUUUGGAAAUAGGUUAGACUGUUUUGGAGAACAGGAUUCUGGAAUAGUGUUGGGACACCGCGUGCAGCAUAAAUGACGAAGUGGAACUUGUUCCGGCAUCAGACAACGCCCAUGGUCGCUGCCAAGCCAACGGGGGCCAGUACCUUGAGUGUGACUCCAGCCCCCGUCGCCCUAGUGUCCGCUGACAACUCCACCGAGCCGGUCAGCAAGAACGACGCCUUCGACGAGAUCAAAAACAAGUUCCUGAAUGAAAUUGACAAGAUCCCACUGCCGUCCUGGGCCAUCAUCGCCAUCGCUGUGGUCGCUGCAUUGCUCAUUUUAACAUGCUGCUUCUGCAUUGUCAAGAAAUGCUGCUGCAAGAAGAAAAAGACCAAGAAGGGAAAAAAAGGGAAGGGUGAAAUGGGAAUGAAGAACCUGAAAGGGGGGGAGAAACCACAGGAUGACGAUGAUGAGGAAGAUGAUGUUGAGCCUGGCCUGACUGGGGAUGAGAAGGAGGAAGAGGUGAAGGAGAAAGAGAAGCUUGGGAAACUUCAGUACUCCAUCGAUUAUGACUUCCAGGAGAACAAGCUGACUGUGGGCAUCUUGCAAGCAGCAGAUCUCCUCUCCAUGGACAGCGGCGGCACCUCAGACCCGUACGUCAAAGUGUUUGUCCUCCCGGAUAAAAAGAAGAAGUUUGACACAAAGGUGCAUAAGAAGACACUCAACCCUGUCUUCAAUGAGACUUUCACCUUCAAGAUUCCGUUUCAGGAGAUGGGAGGGAAAACUCUGGUAAUGUCUGUAUACGACUUUGAUCGCUUCUCUAAACACGACGUCAUUGGAGAGAUUAAAAUACCUAUGAACACGCUGGACCUGGCGAAGCCAAUUGAGGAGUGGAGGGACCUGGAUAGUGCAGAUCAGGAAGAGCCAGAGAAGCUGGGGGACAUUUGCAUUUCUUUGCGUUACGUCCCCACAGCUGGAAAACUCACCAUUUGUAUCCUGGAGGCCAAGAACCUGAAGAAGAUGGAUGUGGGUGGACUGUCAGAUCCAUAUGUGAAGAUCAACCUGCUGCAGAACGGGAAGAGGCUGAAGAAGAAGAAGACGACGGUGAAGAAGAACACGUUGAACCCUUACUACAAUGAAUCCUUCAGCUUUGAGAUUCCUCUGGAGCAAAUGCAGAAAAUCCAAGCCGUGAUCACUGUGCUGGAUUAUGAUAAGAUUGGCAAAAAUGACGCCAUUGGGAAGAUCUGGGUGGGAAGCAAGUCCACAGGAGCCGGGCUGAAGCACUGGUCCGACAUGCUGGCCAAUCCCCGCCGCCCUAUCGCCCAGUGGCAUCCACUGCAGCCAGAGGAGGAGGUGGACGCGGCCCUUGCAGCCCUGACUGCCAAGAAGUAACCCAUCAGCCACACCCACACCCCCCAUCAUGUCCCCAGGUUCUAGAAGAACAAGCAGUCCACACACACCCUUCCUCUGCCCCCUUCCCACAAAGAUCCAUAGAGAUCCAUAGAUGCCAUUUGACAUAGUGGAAAAUAUAGUUUAAAACAGAAUUGUGUAAUAUUAAAUCAUGUUAUUGAAAAAAUAAGAGAAGUAACAGGAUGGACAGGUACUGCUGAUUUCCUUUAGAUCUAUUUUUGUAUUGGGGUUGUGAUUCUAAUAAGGUUGCAGAGCAGACUCUGAAGAACAGUAGGAGAACUGUACAGGAAUCUGGUGACGGAGGGGAUAAAACACAAGUCGGCUCAUGUUGUACUUCUCACCCUGUCCCUUUAGUGACACAGUUUGCUUAGACUAGUGCUUAAUAAUAAAAUGCUUUAUACUGCCAUGUACUAGAGAUAUAACACAAGCAGGUCCAUUCCUUAGGUGUGUCGUGCACCAUGUUCCUCACCUGCCAGUUGUCAUACUAGCUGAUUCUGUUGGUUUGAAGUACAUUCCUAGAGCUGGGCCAUGACCCACAGACACUCUGCCUUCUUGAUUAGUUCCCCCUCCACCUUCGUCUCAGGAAAACGUUCUGAGAGGAAACUGAAGCACCAUGCCUUUGUUUCCCUUUGGGUUGUUGUGAUGAGAGAGAAGUUGGCUCCAGAAGCUUGCCCCCUUUUUACAAGCACUUUGGUUUGCUUACGGUUUUGGUGACACAAGGCUUUCAAUUACUGUUAUUGCACCUGCAGCGCGGUUCGUCAGGGGAAAGGGAGGAAACCACAUGUUUCCAGCUUCCAGUUUGAAUACAGGUAUUUUUGAUACAAGGCUGCGUUUAUCAUCCCAACAGCAAAAAGCAAGGGAAUAUCAGAGCGGGGCCAACAUCGUUCCGGUUCAGACCGCCUGACAUCGAUUACUGCCUGCCUCCACCUCCUCCCUCCUAACGCCUCUAGUUCUGUAUCUCACUUGUUCACUGCCAUUAGUCAUGGACUUGACACAAGGGUUUUACUUCAAAGGAAUCCCUAUAACAGUCUUACAGUCAUAAAGGAGACAAGCCUUCCAAGUAACAAAAUAAGCAAUUCUCAACUACCAGGGACGCCUUCCAGUUAAUGGUGUUGUUCUUUGGUUUUAUUUUUAUUUUUUUUCUUAUUUUCAGGUGUUUUAUUUUUACUUCACUUCGAGCACUUUAAAUCCAAAUGUUCCAUUUAAGUACCAUCAGAAACCAGAGCUUUAAUUAAUGACUCCUGUCAGGAGGAGCAGCUGGUUCAACAGAGUAGCGUUGUGCGUCUAAGCUUCUCUGUUGUUGUUGUUGUUGUUGUUGUUGUUGUUGUUGUUGUUGUUGUUGUUGUUGUUGUUAUUGUUGUUGUUUUGCUUUGCUUUGCUUUGCUUUGCUUUGCUUUGCUUUGCUUUGCUUUGCUUUGUUUUGUUUUGUUUUGUUGAUGAUUUUUGAUUGUUUUGUUGUUUCCUUUUCUCACUUGAUUUGAAGAUUAUGGUCUGGAAGGAGCCACUGAUCCAUGUGUAUCUUAUACACAGCUUACCAAACUGUUAAAUAAUUGCACUACUGGGUAUUACUCUGUUGUUUGGUCUGUGUAGGGUUACAACCCAUGCGGCUCCUUGGCUUGUCCACAGACUGUAAUUGUUAUAGUGUGUUUGUGAAUUAAUAAUCUGCUGCAGAGAAACUGGAGGGUGAGCUGUUGAAGUGUUUGACCAGAACCCAUCGGCUGUGAAUAAUCUGGUAAAAGCUUAAUUAAAACCCUGAUGUUCUCCAGGGGGGUAAAGCCCUUAUUUUACUUUCUUGGAGGUCUAGUUAUUAAUUAAAAUCGGCAAUGCCUGCAAACGUCAUUAGAAAAAAGUACCCAUUGAUUGUUUUUAAAAUAAUGCAGAUCACCUUUUAAACAGCAAGUUUAUGAAUGUGGGCUUCAUGUCGUUAGUUGUGAUUUUUUUCUUUUAUGAUCAACACAGACCCUGUUUAAAUUUCAGUUUCUCAUCUCACAUCCUUCAUUCAUUGAUUUUUAGUUUUGUUGAUGCAGCAACACUAAAGACAAAGGCAUCAUGGAAGCAAUCAAGCAACCCAUUGGUGUGUAGUUCUGCCUAUAUACAUAGUUCAUACACAUUGAUACUGCAUGUUUAUACAAAAUACUGUAAAUAUGAGCAUGUUUUAGAGACGAGGCAGAAAUAUCCUGUGUACGUAAAUGGGUGUCAUUUGUCAUUUUAAUGAGGGAAAAAUAUGCACUGUAUAUUUUCUAAAUAAACAAUGUGUAUUUAUUUUCCAUGAGGGUCACUGGCGAGAAUGUCGUACAAAUAUUAGACUACUGAGAAGAAACUGUCCGUCCAUCUCUGAAGUGUGUCGUCUAGUUCCAUGUGUGAGCUCUUGUAGGAUGAAAUGUGGCCGCAUGCUUGCUAUCCAAUUCCUUGUGCUUAGUUAUUUUCCUUUGAUGCCAUUUAUCUGCCACAAAUGUUGUUACAGAUCUAAUGUAAAGGCCAGUUUUGAUUAUGCUGGAUUUUUUUAUUAUUAUUAUUAUUAUUAUUAUUAUUAUUGUUUAUUGUUAGCAAUGGGAGGUUCUCUAAGUCUGUGGAAUAACUUUUAAUUAUUUAUCAUUUGGUUUUGUGCUCGUCUGAGAUAACACAUAGAAGUGAAUAAUUGUACGAUCUGUAGGUAGGUUGUACGAUUGUAGGAGUUGUUAUCGGAUCUAUUAUUGCUUUGGGGGAAAGUCUGACGGGGAAGUGUGAAAAUCCCAUGUCCUCCCACGCAAACGACUUGGAAUCUUUUCUUGUUCUUGUUCUUAUGCUUCUUGUUCUUUCUUUCUUUCUUUCUUUCUUUCUUUCUUUCUUUCUUUCUUUCUUUCUUUCUUUCUUUCUUUCUUUCUUUCUUUCUUUCUUUCUUUCUUUUUUUACUUUUGACUUCUGUUUAAAUGACCUGAAACCCUUCACGACUGUGUCUCUUUUGUUUAUCCUACAAUACGUGUAUGUGUAUACAGGAUACAUGAAUAAGAUAAAUCUAAAGCCAUAAGACUCAAGCACUAACUGUUAACAGCUCAGCUGAGUAACUACAGUUUAUUUGUGAACAUCUUGCACAUGGAAAUGCAGUGUAAAAUCUCCUUGUUUCCCAUUAACGCUACUGACUGUGACCAAAUCCUGCACUGAGAGUAGUUCAGUUAAAGCCUAACCUAAUACUUCACCUAACCACUAACCUAAAAAUUCACCUAAUACUGCCAGGACCUGUUACACUUGCCUGCUUUGGUCACACAAGGAUCCAAUGACGAGGCAAACAGGUGAAUUUAUAGCACAUCCACAUUUUUCUAUUCUUGCCUGAGGGACCACUGGUAUCGCUCCAUCGUGUGUGUGUGUGUGUGUGUGUGUGUGUGUGUGUGUGUGUGCGUGCGUGCGUGCGUGCGUGUGUGCGUGCAUGCGUCCGUGUGUGCGUGUGUCCUCAGAUAAAUAAAUAACAAAUGUCCGUUAAAGACAGGAUGACCCUGUCCUGACCCAUCCCUAUAUGUACAUGUAUCUCUGACCCCUAGUAAAGCCUAAUGCACAACUGUACCUGAAGCUGUGUCAGCAGCUAGAGGUCACCAGCCACAGCUAGUUUUGUUUUCUUUCAGAAGGCACAGACACCACUACUAACGCUGUUUCUUCUUUUUGUUCUUUUGUAUAUGUGUAAACACUUAGUUUGUCUUUUUGUUUGUUUGUGCUCUUCUAACUCAUGCGACUUUAAGUCAUCACCCUUACCUGUUUGCUUUAGUUUGCAUCUUUGCCGUAUUUAUAUGUUAUGACACUGAAUAGGACACAGACUCAUCAACUUCUCUACUGAAUCUAGUUUCUCUGAGUGUAAACAAUACAUGUUUACAGCAUGGACAUACUGGACACUGCCAACCAUGCAGGAGCGUAUCAGUCCCCCCUUUCUCAACCUUGCUGCAGCACUACUCUCCAGACUCUUUGAUUUCUGCUUGGCUGCGCCUCUUUUUUCUUCUCAACAUCCUUUAAAGCAUCAGAGGACACCCAGGUCAUGUCCUCUAGCUGUGUUUCUUCGUGUCUAAUGUUGUGGUGCGUGUGUUCAUGUCAGUACUUGUUUCUGCUGUGGAUCGCAUGCUUUAGCCCUUGACUGGACACAAACGUUGCUCACAUCUCCUUCUGACCCUUGUGUGGACAAACGUUGGGGAUCCUUAUAAGUUACCAGGGGAACCAAAUAACUUAAUACAAAUGCAUCAUAUGUGUUACCAGUUCUGUAAAAAUCAAAUAGGAAAUAAAGGCCUUUUAAUUACCA